AUGACUCUCGAUAUAGGAAACGAUGAGCUGCUAUGCAAAGUAUUCCCCGCCAGCCUACAAGGGCAGGCUCUCUCAUGGUUUCACCACAUACCCCUUAACUUUGUUGAUAACUUCAGGGACCUGUCGGAAGCUUUUGUUGGACAAUACUUAUAUUCUGCUCGGCAUAAACAGAACAUCAGCACUCUGCAAAACAUAAAAAUGCAGGAGAACGAGUCUUUAAGAGAGUUCGUGAAGCGAUUUGGUCAGGCCGUGUUACAAGUAGAGGCUUAUAGCAUGGAUGCUGUCCUUCAGAUCUUCAAACGAAACAUUUGUCCAGGCACCCCAUUCUUCGAGUCACUCGCUAAGAAGCCUCCUACGAUAAUGGACGACUUGUUCCGGUGCGCAAGUAAAUACUCAAUGCUGGAAGACGACGUGCGCGCAGCCACCCAGCAAAUAUUGGUUGCCAGUCAGACAUCCAGAAGUGGUGUGGAAAGAAGUUCCAAACUUCCGGACCGGCCAAGGCCGUCCGGUCGAAGGCAGGAAGAACAAAGCCGCCCAGAACUGCCGCCCCUCACACCCCUUUCCAUAUCCUAUGAGAAGCUUCUCCCUAUGAUCCAAGACCUGUCCGACUUCAGGUGGCCCGGACCCCUCAGAGCAGACCCAGCCAAAAGGGAUCAUAGUAAGAAAUGUGUCUACCAUAAGGAGCAUGGUCACACAACGGAGACGUGUAGAAGCCUCCAUUAUUUGGUCGAAAAGCUCAUAAGGGCGGGACAUUUGAAGCAAUACCUCUGCUCAAAUGCCAAAGUUAGAAACACUUCCCGAAAUCACAACUCAGGAACCUCCAAGAUCCCAGCCGCCCCCAAAGCCAUUAUAAACUAUAUCCAUAGAGGACCACUGGAUGAGGAGUACGACUCCAAAUGA